UCCCAUCACCGCACGAACGGAUUCCGCCCUUUAGCUCCCCGUUUCAUAAUCUUCCCCAAUCCGUAACUGAGGCAAAAAUCAAGGUAGGGGGCCCGCCCUACCUUGCCCUACCGGGUCCUCCGCCCGUGCGGGCAGAUCCUUCUAAUUCCUCGCGCAGACCAGAGCCUCCUCCGUCCCGAGUCUCACGACCCAGCAGCAACCCUCACGCGAGCCAUCUCCCGGCGGCGGCGGAGACCCGUGCCCUCGGCGGAGGCGACCAGCUCAGGCAGCGGCGCUCUCCUCACUUGACCGGCGCAGAUUAGGAAGACUGCUACAAUUGUGGCUCCUGAAUUGUGGCUACAAAGUCAUUAUGUUGAUGUGGUUCUCAUAUUAAGAAUGCUGCCAAUUUUGUGAAGUUGGAAUCAGGCAAUGGAUCUGGACACAGAGAAUCGUCUUGCUUCUUUACUCCUUGAAGAGGCACGGAGAUUGCAGUUAGAGGCUGACAGGGAAGGUGUUCAUGCAUAUUUGAGAAAGCCCAAUGUAAGGCAUCGUCCAAACUCGAGGUUCCUCACAGCCACAGUUCGUGGAGUUCAACAAGCAAAUCGUGUUGUGGAGGUUGAUGAAAUGUGGCGUGCUAGGGAGAAGGAACUCGAACUCGAGUCUAAGAUGAAAAACAGAUAUAAAGAUCAUGGUGACUCUAGGAGCAAGAAACACAGAAGUGACUCGAGAAAUCAGAGCUCCAGCUCAAGGAUUGCAGAAGAUGGCAUAGCUUAUAACAGUUCUUACUCAGACCAGGAUGAUGGUCUAGGGGAUGAUGAAAUCGAAAAGUUUCUCCAUUCAAGGGUAAAGCGAGGAAGAGGAGCAGUUGGCUCUCGGAUGGAUGAGCCUGGUCCAUACCUCAAGGCUUCAUCACACAGUCAAGACAACGAACCCGGCGCUGAUACACGGCUGGAAGAGAAGUGGGAACGCCGAGUACAAGGUCCUGAGAGGCCACUGUUUUUGAGAUCGAAGUCCCCUGAUGAUUAUUGGCAUAAAGAAAUGAUGGAGGGGGAGCCAUCCAGCUCUGAAGCACAGAGGGAAAAAGAACAUAACAAGGAGAAGAAAUCAGAGAAAAAAGAGAGAAGGGAGAAAAAAGAUAAGAAAUCCAAGCAUCGCCGCCACCGCCACCACCAUCACAAAAGCCGAAGACGCGAAUGAUGUGCCUUACUGCUGAGAAAGAACAAAUCUACAGAAGGACACUUCUGUCCUCAAAGAAGCACCUAAUUGUCGCUGUAACGGAAGGGGGUAAAUGGGUCUUGCUCAACUGAAACAUUUGUUGUACCGAAAACUCUGCAAUGUGCACCAUGGGUUGUGUUUCUUUGUUGCACGGUGUGCCCAGAAUAUCGCCCGCUGUGUUUCAAACACAAACAUAUCAUCUGUCCGAUGGCUCUUUCUGUGCUUGUAACAUGGUACAAAUAGAAGUGUUUUACCGCUCGAAA